AAAUCUUUAUCAAAAUGGGCCUAAAAUUCAUCCUUUUUGUACUGUUUUCACAAGUAAAUUUGAAUAUUUACCUCACAUAUUGCGGAUUUCUUGAAAUUAAUUUUCCAUUCUGGACGUCAUUGCAUUCUUCCAUGACAUUGUCUCUGAAGGAUCAUUCGGAGAAUUGAAUAACUUGAAUCCAUUUUCUAAUGAAUUAUCGCAAUAAUGUACGCAGCAGGACAUUGAAAUAAUUUGAAAUGCUAAAUUUUGGCGGUCAUAAAAUUUCAAAGUAACAGUGAUAAUUAAAAAAAGCGGGCGGGGCGACUAUGGUGUUUCGUCACAUUGUCAGGUGGGCAAACCAAAUGAAACAAAAUAUUAAAAACCCCAACGGCUGUCAGUUUUGUGUCCGGACUCUUGUCUAAGGUAUAUACAGGGACUCUAGUCUACAUUUGUUCCCUAGGCGUGGUAAACGGUGGUUGAUGACCAGAAGACGUGAAUGUAAAUUACCAAUUCGCUGACAUAACCUAACUUGUAAGAACUUCUUUGCAGUUGAUUUGUAAUGGAAAGUGAAGAUGAAUUCCUCUACACUUAUUUCAAUCACGUUUCUCAACUUUGUUACGAAAAAGCCAAAGAGCAUAUAGAAAAAGAAAGGGAGCCCAAAGUGACCACAUCGCCAUGGAGCUUAUUUUUGAACAUUUUACAGCAGCUUGCAUUAGCAGAAAAGAGCUAUAUAGAAAUUGGGUUCCUACAGAAUAAGCAUAAAAGUUUCCUUAGAAAAGAUAACUCCCUGAGAUCUGUGUAUGAAUCCAUGAAGAAUGAUCUCAAAAAGUUGGAGGACAACUGUAAGCAAACUAUUGCUGAUAAAAGAAUUCAGAAAGGUAGCAAAAACAUCAUUGAAUUUAUGAAUGCCAGGAUAAACUUGAUUGAUCUGUAUGAAAAGAUUCAUAAUAUAAGUCUGAACAAACAACUAAUUUGUUACAAUGAAAUCGUACAUCAGGUAGAAUCUGUCAUUGAAAAGAAUUCUGGAGGUUUUACUGAUAUCAGCAUGACUCCUGCAAAAGCAGUGUUCAGUCUUGAGUGUGAAAUUCUUGACCAACUGUUCAAAGCCCUAACAGAAUUGCAAAGACUGCAAUUUCUGCCUUCCUUAGCCCUCAUACAUGGGGCUCACACCAGGUUAGCAGCUUGGGAGAACAAAAUACAGUCAAGAGAAACUUGGAAAUUAGGAAAUAUGUUCAAAGGCAAUCCAUUGCCUGCACUAUUCCAAUGGCUUCAACAGUUGAAGGGAGCAGUUCUGAGCAAAUUCAGUCUGUAUUUUUAUCAUACUUUGGCUCAUCAGACAACUCCCAAUGAAAUGCGGAAUUUAUGUUCCAAAUUGCAUCAUGACCAUUUCCAAAAAAUUUUAGCUUUCCAGAGGAGGUAUGAUGUGUCUUCAGUGAUUUUAUUGUCAGAUACUCAAGUUAGCAGUGAUACAACAAAUAAUAGAUUUCCAGUUAUUGUGGCUUUUCCUUCACGCAACCCUCCACAGCUAGAUACGAUACUGAAAAUGAUUUCUGAAACGAAUAAUGAAUUGAUGAAUGUUGAAAAAAUUAUUUACAAAUUUAGUUCUCAGGAACAAUUUACAUACGUUCUUACAACAGUGGAGCCAAAUAUUUACUUAGUUAUUUUAUUUGAAUCUAAGAAGUCUGAAAAAGAUACCUUCAUAAGUAACUUUGUCGUGGAGUUGUGCCAGAACAUGAGAUGUACCAAAAUAUUCAGUAGUCUUAAGAGUAUGACCAAGUAACAAAAUCCAAUUUUCACAAACAAAUGAUAGUUUGUAUCAGUUUAUUUACAUAAAUAAAAAGUUCACUUAUGACAUAAAUAUAAAUUGUGUAUAAUUUGGGAUGGUAUCACUCACAGGUAACAUGAACACCGAAAGGACUCAAAAUAUGAGGUUAGGUUACGGUUUCAUAGUUGGACCUACCUCCAAAUUAGCGAUAUUUCGGUAUUGUUAUGUGAAUAGUAUAACUUGAAAUCAAGACGUUAAUGAUGUGCACACUAUCAACCAUCUUCCAAUUUUUCUUUCAACAAACAUUUCCGUUUGUUUGCCAUACCGAAAGCUUGACAGCUAAAUCAGGUGGAAUUAAGUAGAAAAUGAUUUCAAACAUAAUUUACACAAAGAUUAGUCAGCAGUAGAGUUCCUAAAUGUACUUGACACUGCUGUUUUGACGUUUUUUUGUAUAUCAGAGUACGGACACUAGACAAGCAGUGACAAUCAAACAUAACCACAAACGAUUUGCCAGACAAGGACAAGAAUAUUAUGUUUUUCGCUAAGAUAAAGGAUCCUCGCAUCUUCCAUCCUUCACAAGUCCUGGGAAGAGUACAUCCAUAUAUCUUUCUCUGUCUUUGAUUUUUGUAUGAGAGUGCAUAGCGUCUCCUCGAGUGGGUAAAAGGGUACGAUAAAUUGAUUAAAAAUUAUUUCUUCUCGAAAUAUUGAAUGAUAAGGCUGAAGGAACUCAAUGGAGGUCGAUAUCAAGUAGGUAUGUACCGGGUAAAUAAAAACGGCUGUCGGCCAUAUCUCAGCAACGAAUAAUGAUACAAGUUUGAGAUUGAAUAAAUCUAAUGGUAUGCAUAUCAUUACAUGUAAUAGAGAAACUAAAUCUCAACAGACCAACGAGAACCGCAACAUUACAGCUUUUCGUCAACGGAAGAUAAAAACUAUCAAAUUUGGAAGAAUUGAUAGAUAUGAGAGCCGUUCUUAGUUGUUCACCUGGUACAUAUAUACCAACGAAAUACAUAUACUAUUCCUAUUAAAUAAGUCUCUUAAAUGUAUACGUUCAGUUGGAUAAUUUUUCAUCACAAAAGUUCGGAAUGGGGUAAAAACUGAUAAAGGACCCCGCACGAAAACACGGUAAAUUGGCUCUCGGUCGAAUUGGCUGAAAUUUUACUAUGUUAUU